CGGCUCCUGGCUCAGAGCGGAAGAGACGAGCAGAAGAUGGGACUGGCUAAGCGGGCGCUCCCGCGGCUGGCGGCCUCGCUGCGGCCGCUUAGCUCAACGGCUGGUACAUUUCCAAAGCAUGUUAAAAUAGUUGAAGUUGGUCCAAGGGAUGGCCUGCAGAAUGAAAAGAACAUCGUCCCCACUCAGGUGAAAAUAGACUUUAUUAAUAUGCUCUCGGAAACGGGUCUUUCUGUCAUAGAAACCACCAGUUUUGUGUCUCCUAAAUGGGUCCCUCAGAUGGCGGACCACUCUGAAGUCAUGCAAGGGAUUCGCAAGGUUUCAGGCAUCAGCUAUCCUGUUCUGACCCCCAACCUCAAAGGCUUUCAAGCAGCGGUGGCAGCAGGAGCCAAGGAGGUGUCGAUCUUUGGGGCAGCGUCGGAGCUCUUCACAAAGAAGAACAUCAAUUGCUCCAUCGAGGAAAGCCUGCAGAGAUUUAGUGAUGUGCUGAGUGCUGCAAAGGAGGCCAACAUCCCAGUCCGAGGAUAUGUCUCCUGUGUCCUUGGCUGUCCUUAUGAGGGAAAGAUUGCGCCUGCUAAAGUUGCCGAAGUGUCAAAGAAAAUGUAUGCCAUGGGGUGCUACGAGAUUUCUCUGGGUGACACCAUCGGUGUUGGGACGCCUGGCAACAUGAGGGAGAUGCUGUCUGCGGUCAUGAAAGAGGUGCCUGUUGGGGCUCUUGCUGUCCAUUGCCACGACACUUACGGGCAGGCCCUUGCCAACACGCUGGUGGCGCUCCAGAUGGGAGUGAGUGUGGUCGAUUCCUCAGUGGCUGGCCUUGGGGGCUGCCCUUAUGCCCAAGGAGCAUCUGGGAAUGUGGCAACUGAAGACAUGGUUUAUAUGCUUCACGGUCUUGGGAUCCAUACCGGUGUGGACCUACCGAAGCUCCUUGAAGCCGGAUCCUUUAUCUGCAAAGCUUUGAACAGGAGGACCAGUUCAAAAGUGGCUCAGGCAUCUUGCAAACUGUGAAACGGGCAGUGCCUGUACCGGACUUGCUGGUAGCAGAAGGCCUACAGCAGCCAGCAUCUGCCAGGCUGGGCUGACUCGCCUCGUUUUAUUGAAGCACUCUUUGCCAGCCUUGGGGCUAGGUGAUAAGGCACUCAACUUUGACAGUGAAAUGUAUCUGGGACACUGUGUGCACUUGAACCUCACCGGAUCCCUCUGGCAUCUUUGAGAAGAAGGUCUGUUUCCGCUGGUUGCCGCUGGCCUCUGAGGAGCAAAGGUGUUGCUGGGGAAACGGUUCUGACUUCUUCACCUGCCUCUUCUGAGCCGUCUUUGGAGUUUAUGGUACACUACAUGGAAGAAGACAUGCUCUUGGGCUGAAUUGCUUAUCAAGCUGGUAGUCCUCAGCCACGAAGGGUCAUUGCGUCCAGCAUCUCCCCCUCAACCUGGGGUUUCAGCACACGCUAGCACAACUGUGUCAAAUCCAGGCAACAGCAAUCUCAGCAGUGAGUCAGAAAUGGGUGGACAAUUGUUGAAUGGAACUGCUUUAAUUGAUGUUCCUUUGAGGUCCUUCAAGUACAGCCGUGCUGCAAAAACUGUUUGGUUUCCCUGAAGGAUGGGGAGAGUACUGGCAAUUUUCUCUAGCUGAUCACCAGUUUCCCAGGGAGAACUCCAGCCACUUCUGUGCCUGUGGUGCAAGUACACAUUUGUUUGGGAGAGAGAGUUCAGCCAGGCAUGUAGACCUUGUGCCUUUUCCAGACAGAAUUACUCCUGGAACCUCGCUCAUUGGCAGCCAGUUAAAUGGAAAGGAAAUUUUCCUUCUUAUUUAGGCUUUUUUAUUAAAACCUAUUUUUUUCUUUAAAUCUAUUUAAGAAAUAUUUAGUUCCCUAAUAAAGGAGGUUUCUGUUUCA